AUGGAUGUGAAGAAGCGAAAUGGUUCCACAUUGGAUAUUAUGAUACAAAGUUUAUUAAGAACAUGGUUCUCUCCAAUAGAUAUUUUCGAGUUUAUAGGAUGUUUUACAAGCUACACCGAGGUUAAGAAAUUCGUUAUCUUUGCUGCUUUGGUGGCCGUCGCCACUGGACUCGUCAUCCCAGUUGCUCCAAAGACCCCAGAAGCCAUUACCGAGUAUGUCAACUCCAAGCAAUCUCUCUGGAAGGCCGAGAUCCCAAAGGGUCUCUCCAUCGAGCAGGUCAAGAAGCGUCUCAUGAGAACUGAAUUCGUUGCUCCACACACUCCAGAUGUUGAGGUUGUUGAGCACGAUAUUCAGGAGGAUACCAUUCCAGCUACCUUUGAUGCUCGUACCCAAUGGCCAAACUGUGUCUCCAUCAACAACAUUCGUGACCAAUCUGACUGUGGAUCCUGCUGGGCUUUCGCCGCCGCCGAGGCUGCCUCCGACCGUUUUUGCAUUGCUUCCAAUGGAGCCGUCAACACUCUCCUCUCCGCUGAAGACGUUCUUUCCUGCUGCUCCAACUGUGGAUACGGAUGUGAUGGAGGAUACCCAAUCAACGCCUGGAAGUACCUUGUCAAGAGUGGAUUCUGUACCGGAGGAUCGUACGAAGCCCAAUUCGGAUGCAAGCCAUACUCCCUUGCUCCAUGCGGAGAGACCGUCGGAAACGUCACCUGGCCAGACUGCCCAGAUGAUGGAUACAACACCCCAGCCUGCGUCAACAAGUGCACCAACACCAAAUACAACACUGCCUACAAGGACGACAAGCACUUCGGAUCCACCGCCUACGCCGUCGGAAAGAAGGUUGCACAGAUCCAAGCUGAAAUCAUUGCUCACGGACCAGUCGAGGCUGCCUUCACCGUCUACGAGGACUUCUACCAAUACAAGAGCGGAGUCUACGUUCACACCACAGGACAAGAACUCGGAGGACACGCCAUCAGAAUUCUCGGAUGGGGAACUGACAACGGAACUCCAUACUGGCUUGUUGCCAACUCAUGGAACGUCAACUGGGGAGAGAACGGAUACUUCCGUAUCAUCCGUGGAACCAACGAGUGCGGAAUUGAGCAUGCCGUUGUUGGAGGAGUUCCAAAAGUUUAA